CCGGGUAAAGAAAAAUAAAACUUAAAUGAAGGAAAUUCCUCUUCAUUUAUAGAUUUAUAUUUGCCAAGUUUUAUAUGGAGCACAAGUGAUAAUGGUUAAAACAAAACUGUUUAUCAUAUUGUGUUGGUUCCAAAAUCUGUUGCAUGCUGAUAAUGCAAUGGUGAAUGAUGGAGCAGGUUUCGAUAGGUUGUUGAAUUGUCUUUGUAACAAUAGCGAUGCUACAAAAACAGAUUUCCCAGAAAAUUGUACUACAGAAAAAGGAAUAUAUGGUCAAUACUUAUGUAAUUUGAUGGAAACAGAGUCAAAAGAGAGUAUCCUUAAUGAUUGUCCGUCUACAAAAAAGACGUUUUGUGAAGGUGACAAAAUGAUAAAUCAGCGAAGACAUUACAACAAAACAUUGUGUAUGGAUGCACUGAUGAAAUGCAAGGGGGGACGAAAAGGGGAUAAAAUUAAAAAAAGUAGUACUGUAAGAAAAAACAAGGAAAAAGAAGAUAAACAAAGGACAGCAGAAAAACAGAGGACAACAGAAAAAGAUUCAGAAAAUUCCGAUAUUACUACAAUUAUUGAUAAAACUACAUACAAUGGAAAAGAAAAUGACGGAUGGAAUAAAAGAAAGGACAAAUGGGACAGAAAAUACAAAUGGCGCAGAAAAGACAGAAACAAACAAUUUUUUAAAGUUGGAGCGAUAGUUGGUAUCUCAGUUGGAGUUACAUGCACUAUCAUAUUAGUUCUAGUUAUACUGGCUAUUAUUUUCGUAUGCAGACGAAGAUCAAAGAAAAAGAAGAGAAAACAACUAACAAGACUACAGUCUAUCGACCAAAGAUUUGAGAUGGCAAAUCUUGAAAGUAGCCCAUCCAGAACAAACAAGGGAGAAUACACUAUUCUUUCUACGAACAAAUCUUUAAAUACUGACGAGGCACAAGGCGAGUGCUUUGUCCUCGAUCCCUUCACGAAGUAUGAUAAAGACUUGAGCAACCGGAAAUUACCAGAAAUUAAAAGAUUCAGUGGUGCAGAGGGUGACGAGAAUGUUUACUAUGAAAUUGAUGAAGAUAAAAUCGAAUCCUCGACAGAUAUGGAGGGAGUUCACCAGAAGAAAAUAGAAGUUAGGGAUCAAGGUUCUCACCAUAGUGAUUUGACCAUAAAUCAAACACAGUUAGGAUCAAAGAAAAAGAAGAGAAAACAACUAGCAAGACAACAGUCUAUCGACCAAAGAUUUGAGAUGGCACAUCUUGAAAGUGGUACCUCCGGUACAAACAAUGAAGAAUACAAUAUUCCUUCUACGAACAAAUCUUUAAAUGCUGACGAGGCACAAGGCGAGUACUUCGUUCUCGAUCCCUCCAUUACGAAAUAUGAUAAAGACUUGAGCAACCGGAAAUUACCAGAAAUUACAAGGUUCAGUGGUGCAGAGGGUGGCGAGAAUGUUUACUACGAGAUUGAUGAAGAUAAAAUCAAAUCCUCGACAGGUAUUGGGGGAGUUGACCAGAAGAAAAUAGAAGUUAUUGAUAAAGGUUCUUACCAUAGUGACCAGACAAGAUAUGAAAUCCAAUUAGGAUCAAUAAAAAAGAAGAGCGAACAAUUGACAAAACAACAGUCUAUAGACCAAAGAAGUGAGAUUGCAAGUCUUGAAAGUAGUCCUUUCAGUACAAAUAAUGGAGCAAAUACUAUUCUUUUUGCGAACGAAUCUUUAAAUAAUAACAAGGCACAAGGCGAGUACUUUGUUCUUGAUCCCUCCAUUACGAAAUAUGACAAAGACUUGAGCAGCCUGGUCUUACCAGAGAUCAAAAGGCGCAGUGUUGCCCAGAGUGACGAGAGAGUUUAUAAUGAAAUUGAUGAAGAUGAACUCCAACCCCGGACAGAUAUGGAGGGCGUUCGCAAGAAACCAAUAGAAGAAGUUAAGGAUAAAAGUUCUGACCAUGGUGACCAGAAAAUAUAUGAAAGCCGAGGAUCAACGAAAAAUAAUAGAGAACAACUAAAAAGACCACAGUCUGUUAACCAAAGAACUGAGAUUGCUCAUCUUGAAAACAGUCCAUCCAGUACAAACAAGGAAGGCAACGUUAUUCUUUCUGCGAACGAUUCUUUAGAUACUGACGAGGCGCAAGGCGAGUACUUUGUUCUCGAUCCCUUCGUUACGAAAUAUGAUAAAGACUUGAGCGGUCGGGUCUUACCAGAGGUUAAAAGGUUCAGAGUUGCACAGGGUAAUGAGAACGUUUACAAUGAAAUUUAUGAAGAUAAAAUUGAAUCCUCAACAGAUAUGAAUAAAGAUCAAGAGAAGCCGAUAGGAGAAAUUGGGGAUAUAGUCAUUUGCCAUAGUAAUCAGACCAACAAUGAAAUCCAAUUAGGUUUUGACAACACAUCUUACCAUGUAAGAUAAGAAGCGGACGAUGAAAUUUUCUAGGAAACAAAAGUACUGACACAAAUGUAUAUAAGUGUUGAUAUAUAUCAUAUGAAAUUGUUUACUUUAUUUUAUGUCUAUAUUUAGUCUAAGAUUCCUGAAUAUUGUGUGCUUUAACGACAAUCAAGGACCAUUUACAUAUGGUUUGAUUAAAGAAGUAGAAAAUACAUUAGAAAAUCCAAUAUUUUUGGCAGAAUCAUACUGAUUUUUAUCAUUGUCAAACAAAAAUAAUACAAAAAUUUUCCUAUUCUUUAUUUAAGACUUGAUGGUAAAACUUACUAAACAAUCAAUGCUAUUUUUGUAUGCCAAUCUAUUAACUACUGCGUUAAUUUACACAUAAUACAAGAACAAAAUUACACCAUUUACAUAUAGUGCAAAAUAACUAAAAUAAAACAGAAUUAACCUAAUACGUCUAACACAUAUCGUUUAGAGAUGUAUUUACUAAAAUGGUGAAGUGAUAACGUAAUAUAUACAUUAAACGCAUGAAUUUUUGAAAUGUUUUUGCUAUUCCUAAUAUUUUUUUACAUUAUUUUAUUUAAAUACAAGAAGUUCAGACAGUGCGGCUUUGGAAAACUAUGUAUCGCAAGAUUUUUUAUUAUUUGCCUUUUCUUAUUGUCCUGGUAUUAUCCCGAUUAGCUGCGAAACCGUAGCUAUUAGAUCCUUGUGAUAUUUUAUAUGCGGAAACGUAUACAAAAAAUAGGUAACAGUUUCAAGAAAUGAAUAUUCAAACAUAAUUGGGUACGUCAUACCAUGGCACAAUAUCGAUUGAAACGAACUUUAUAUAUUUACAAGCUUUGCACGGGCGAUAAAUAUUGUAUAGAAUAAGUGCCACCUGAACCUGAGUCGCAACUCGGUACGUUUGAAAUUAGAAAAAUCCGUAGACAAAUGGUCCGCUUAUUGUCAAAAAAUAUCAUAAGGACCUGAGAGCUACGAUUCCGAAGCUAUACCCUGAUGCCCCAAUAACGAAUCGAUAGCUUUUGCUCAAUACCUCAGUAUUUUCAAGGAACUAUAUCAGGGCCAACAUAAAAAACGGCAUAUAAAGUAUUUAACCUAUUAAGAAAUUAG